AUGGCUGACAAGGGAUUGGAGGACAUCGAGCAGAGCCAGAUCGAGUCCAACUACGAUGAGACCGUCGACUCUUUCGAUGAGAUGAACCUCAGGUCCGAGCUGCUUCGCGGUGUCUAUGCGUACGGUUUCGAGCGCCCCUCUGCUAUCCAGCAGAGGGCUAUCAUGCCUGUCAUCAAGGGCCACGAUGUCAUUGCUCAGGCCCAGUCCGGUACUGGCAAGACCGCUACUUUCUCCAUUUCGGUUCUCCAGAAGAUCGACCCCAACUUGAAGGCGUGCCAGGCUCUGAUCCUUGCCCCCACCCGUGAGCUGGCUCAGCAGAUCCAGAAGGUCGUCAUCGCCAUCGGUGAUUUCAUGAGCAUUGAGUGCCAUGCUUGCAUCGGAGGCACCAGCGUCCGUGAGGACAUGAAGGCCCUCCAGGACGGGCCCCAGGUCGUCGUCGGUACCCCCGGCCGUGUUCAGGACAUGAUCCAGCGCCGCUUCCUCAAGACCGACAACAUGAAGAUGUUCGUCCUCGACGAGGCCGAUGAGAUGCUUUCUCGUGGUUUCACCGAGCAGAUCUACGACAUCUUCCAGCUUCUGCCCCAGUCGACCCAGGUCGUCCUUCUGUCGGCCACCAUGCCCCAGGACGUCUUGGAGGUCACCACCAAGUUCAUGCGCGACCCCGUCCGUAUUCUCGUCAAGAAGGACGAGCUUACCCUUGAGGGUAUCAAGCAGUUCUACAUUGCUGUCGAGAAGGAGGAGUGGAAGCUCGACACCCUCUCGGACUUGUACGAGACUGUCACCAUCACCCAGGCUGUCAUCUUCUGCAACACCCGCAGAAAGGUCGACUGGCUUACCGACAAGCUGACUGCCCGUGACUUCACCGUCUCUGCCAUGCACGGUGACAUGGACCAGGCCCAGCGUGACCUGAUUAUGAAGGAGUUCCGAUCCGGCUCCUCCCGUGUCCUGAUCGCCACUGACCUUCUGGCCCGUGGUAUCGAUGUCCAGCAGGUUUCCCUGGUCAUCAACUACGACCUUCCCGCCAACCGCGAGAACUACAUCCACCGUAUCGGUCGUGGUGGUCGUUUCGGCCGAAAGGGUGUCGCCAUCAACUUCGUCACCGCCGAGGAUGUCCGUAUGAUGAGAGAGAUUGAACAAUUCUACAGCACCCAGAUCGAGGAGAUGCCCAUGAACGUCGCCGACCUCAUCUAA